AUGGCCUCGGAGCAGCAGGAGCAGGACGCCGCUCCCGGCGCGCCCGAGGAGGAGCUGCUGCCCUACAGCGGCGACGACGACCUCGUGACCCGCUACCUGAACUGUGCGAAGGGUGUGUUCACUGCAUGGCUCGCCCUGGACGACCUGGAGCCAGAUCUGGGACCCCUGGAAUACGCGUGCGGCAGCCACCUGUGGCCGUUGCCGCAGAGCGAGGGCUACAGGCCCGCGCUGUUCGGCAGGAAGGACUACCGCACCGAGCUGGAGAAGGCCGCGGCCCAUGCGGGGCAGAGCAUAUGCGUGACGCAGGUGCUGGUGCCGCAGGGUGGCGGCUCCGUGCACGACGGCCGCACCUGGCACGGCUCCGGGGUGAACCGCUCGGGGCGCCCUCGCAGGGGCCUCGGCGUGCACUUCGGGCCGCGCGGAGCCCGGCCGACGCCCCCGACGGCGCUGGCCAGGAGGAUCACUCAGGCGUCCGACGCCAGCCUGGCGCGCUCGGAGGCGGCAGCGCAGGAGGCACGAGAGGUCCCGCAGGCAGCGGAGGAAAAGCGCUCGAAUCCUGAGCCGGCCGCGGGGCGUCCGGUGAACCCUCUCGUCGAGGGCUCCCUGCUGGAGUCCCAGGAGGCCAGCCAGGACGGUUGGGCCAUCGACGCACCAGGGUCGAACAAGCUGGUCUUCUCCUGCCGGCUGGGCGACGCGGACAUGAGGGUCUUCUCCCAGGCUUUCUCUUCGAGUGCGGCGCAGCUGACGCGUCUCGACCUCUCCUGCAACCAGGUCACAGACGCAGGCGCUGCUACCUUGGCGCGAUCAUUAUUGGGCGCGCGGGCCCAGAGCCUGUGGAGCCUCUCGCUGCGCGCCAACGCCAUCGGCUCGCCAGGCUGCGAGGUGCUCGUGGAGGCGCUGAAGUACUGCCCCGCGCUGCGGAGGCUGGACAUGUCGCAGAACCCCGUGGGCAAGGGCGGAGGUCUUGCGCUCGUUGAGCUGCUUCAGUUCAGCAUGAGCUUGCUCGAGCUCUACCUCGCAGACACCGAGGCGGACAUCGACGUGCUUGUCGCUAUGUCUACUACGCUGCUCCUGGCUCAGCCUGGCCUGAAGGUCCUCAGCCUGGAGAACCCGCGCAUCUGCACGAAGCAGGAGGACCACACAGUGCACCUCGGGCGGAUGCUCCGAGUCAACACGGGCAUCAGCGAGAUCUACCUCGGGAAGUGCAAGUUCCGUGACGAAGGCAUCAGGCAGUUGGUGUCGUUUUUGAUGGAGAACAAGACUCUGAGGGUGCUGGACCUCCGGUGCAACGAGAUCGGGGCGGACGGUGCCAGCCACCUCGGCACGCUGCUCGGCUCGGACUGCCAGCUGUCGCUGCUCAACCUCUCGAGCAAUCGCAUCGGCGAGAGGCAGAACGUGAGCGGGGCACGCGCCCUCGCCACGGCGCUGCUCGGCAACCGAAUGUUGCGCGCGCUCGACCUCAGCAACAAUAUGUUGUGUGGCGAGGCACUGUCGAGCAUCGGACAGGCUCUGGAGACGAACUCUACCCUCGAGACCAUCGCAUUGUUCCACAAUGAGUGGGAUCAGGAAUCCUCGUUCAAGUUCCACAAGCUCUUGACCAACCGCGCGCGCAUUUUACCGCUGCGCAUGGAUUUCGUGACCAGUGAGGUUGAUUUCAAGAUCGACAUCUGUAAGGUCUGGGACUUCACUCUGUAGGACAGAUCCACCAUCCCGAUCCCAGGAUUUGCGGUCCUGAUCAUCCCCCUGCAUUGACAGCGUCGACUGCGUGAGCCUGCCUCUGGCGCAUCCCGAACUUCUUCGCGUUCUGAGAGUGUUCUUGCCGUCUCGCCGCCCUCCCCCGUGUUCCUCCUGCGUGCCCCCGCCUUGGUCCAAUUCGCUUCGGACGCGCGUCGCCGCUAGUUUGAACGCGAGUUCGAUCGCCUGCCGGACCCAGAGUUCGCCGC